UAAACUCGGUCAGGAUCAGGAGCUGUCGUGCACGAGUCGCAGAGCGCGCGCGUGUUUCCUGGCAGCGGAGCGGUUCUCUCCUCCAGAACCUGCAGCCACCAUGAGCGAGACCAGAACCUUCAAGUUCAAGAAGAUCUUCCGGACCUCCAAGUCCAAGUCUCAGGGGAAAGAGGAUGAGGAGAAGCGGGAGAGUUCCCAGAGCGACCCUGCAAAAGCGUCAUCACCACCCACGAGCCCGAGGGAGAAGAACAAGGAGGAGAAGAAGACGAAAAGGUUCGGCUCGUGGCGCUCCAAAAAGAAACCAUCCUCUGAGACCUCCAGCUUCCAGAACUUCAGGAACAGCGAGCAGAUUGACUUCACUAACAGCCACAUGAGUUUCGAUCAGAUGAGCGUCCAGACGGAGGACUUCACGAUGAGCGACGGCUGGUCCGCUGCGCCGUCCGAGUGCACGUCUGUCAUCAGCCUCGACCUGUCUCUCCUGGAGCCCGUCUCACCCACACGGCUUCACAGGAAGAAUUCCGAGGAAAGAGGUGGUGGCGUGCUGAGCCGGGUGACCACAUUCUUCUCGAGGAAGCGACGGAGCAGGACAUCAUCAGACGGGACAGAGGAAAACGUCUCGCCUAUUCUAAGCCCCAGCCAGUCGUCAGGUUUGAAGCAGACGUCCACGGAGGGAGAAAAGGUCGAGCAGGGUUUCUUCUCCGAUAAAGGAAGCCCGAGCACACAGAGCGUGGCCUCCAUCGUCGCAGAUGGAGGCGACCUUCCGUUCGCGGAUAGCGACAGCAGCAGCAGCGUGAGAAACCUAGUAGUGACGACGAAGAGCAAAGACCAACAGGAUACAACGGAGACACUGGUGGUGGAGGCGAGCAAGAAGCUCCAGGUGUUUCUGGAGGAGAUCAGCGUCACCGACGAAGGCCCAGAGAGACAGAUCACACAAACGAUUAAGAAAUGCACGGAGAUUACGGUAAAGGACAGCUCCGGACCUAAAUCUCCAGACCUCAAGAAGACCGCUCUGAAACCGGUUGUGCGAGGAAAAGGGAAUUAUAGCGCUCUCACCGGCGUGACGCUGAGCUCCAAGUCCAGGAGCGAGUCGAGCUCUUCGGAUCAGGGCAGCACUGAGAGCAUGGGGAAGAAAACGUCGAGCCGGAGGAGAUCACGCAAGCUGAGCAGCGGCUCUCAAGAGCCCUUAAGCCCUUCGAAACUCACGUCCCCUGAGGCGGAGAACGGGUCGGCUGCGGCCUCGCCCUCGCCCUCACCCUCGCCUGUACAGAUUCACAAAGCCGUGUGGGUGGAAACGCACCUGGAGGAAGAAGGGAGCGAGAGCAGUUCGCUCGGUCGGGUCACGCCCGUUCAACAAAGCCCCGUGCUGCCCCUCAGGGCUGCAGUCCUCGCUCAGGAAGCGCAGGAUUCCGGCUCGGAUUCGUCUGUUUAUCAUGACGCUCUGGACGUAAAGACGGACGAAGAACCAGUCUCUUCAGAGGAGAAUAAAGCUGAGAAACGGAGGAGCGUCAAACUUUCCAAGAGUGAGAAGUUCUUCGCCAAGAGAGUGUGGCUGAACUCGCAGUCGAGUUUGGACGGAGAACAAGAAGACACGAGCACACGCGCAGAUGGAAAUUCCCAGAGCAAACAGAAAUCUGAAGUCAGAAUUCUGCCAAGCCUCAAGAACGUCAGUGUGGAAAUUAAAAAGCCUGACCAGCAGUCAUACGACUCUGUAAACGAAAGCGGGGAUGCAUCCGUAAAGGAGGAGGCGAACACACAACAGCAGCUUGAUGCUGCUGAUAACAAUGUAGAGAGGCCCUCAGAGCUUCCUAAUAACAUCCCAGAUCCCAGAGAGGACUCGCCAGAAAUGCCUGGACACAAAGGACCGGUCAGAGUCCCGAGUUCAGAGGUUAGCAAUCAGCAGACCUCGACUUCAGCGUCCAAACGUGUGGACAAAGCAAGCAGUGGAACAAACGGAGCGGCUACUGGAAAGGGUCCAGCUCUGCCAGUGGCACCAAAGACAAAAGCCAGUGUGGGUCGGGUUACAAGCCAUGCAGAGGCCACAAAAGAGGAAAGCACAAAAAAGCCUGCGCAAAAUAGCACAGAGAAAAAGCAAAGUAAAUCUCCAACUACAAAAGAGCAGCCUGGUGUGCUCGCUAAGCCUACAGACAAGUCAAAAAUCCCAAAGAAAACACCUCCUCCUGCAGUUCCUCCAAAACCAAGCAAAGCGCUCCACGCAGGCACGUCACCCGAUGCGUCAGUUUCCUCUUCGGUUCAGACACGUGAGACGGCGCAGGCUGAGAGAAGUAAAUCCAGCUCGAGUAACAGUGCAACAAAACCCCAGUCACUACCAUCACCGCCUGGUAAAAGUGAGACUGUUAAGGAAGACGGAACGGUGGCUGGAGGAGAGAUAGAACCGAGUCAAACACCUAAACCUUCUCAUACCAAAGAACCGAAGAAAGGAAAGGACUCAAAAGGCAUAAAGGCCGAGGAGAAAACGGAGCAGCCGUCAUCUCCUCGUGGUUUAGAAGAAACUAAGGAAAUGAGUGACGCUAAAGAAGGUGUGAAGUCAAAAACACAGCCACAAACUCCUACUGACAAAUCUCCCAAGAGUAAACCAGUGAAAGUCUCAGUUAGUAAGAGCUCUAAAGUUGUCAACAAAACUGAAACUGAUAGCAAGCCUCACACUUCUUCAGAGGCAGAGCAACCAGAAAAGAGCAGCACAAAGGACAAGGCUGCAAACGAACCACGAGUCACUGGGCCAAAGAGUCCAAAAAAGCCCAAGGCUGAAGCAUCACCAACAGGAAGCAAGCUGCCUCGCCUGACUCCGCCUAGCGCUCCAAAACGGCCCACAGAGGACGAAUUUGAUUACGGAGAGGAUGAGUCACUCAAGCAGCCCUCGCUUUCUGAUGCCAGGCCAGAGAACAAUGAUUCAUCCUUAGUCAACGGUCCUCUUAGCCCUGCUGAACGUGACCAAGCUGCUGGGAACGCUGUGGUGAAGCCUUCACCAGAAACCAAACCCUUGCCACAUCUGAAACGUCCGACUAAACUUAAAUCCAGAAAAGAGGUGGAAAAAGUGAAAUUAGAACUCGCUGCAGACUCUCAGACUACAGUACAAGUGUCGGACCAGACCGUGGACAAAGCAGAAGAAAAGCAGAGUGUGAGCGUGGAGACCACAGAAAAUAUUAUCAUUGCCCGAGAAACGUCAGCUCGAGUGUCUGAAGUGAACAAGAACAAGGCCAGCGUGUCUCACGUCGAGGAUCAGGGCGUGAACCUGGAAAAAGAGAUGCAGAGUGCGAGUGUGGAGAUCACGGAGCCUACAGCAGGCUGGAAAACUUCACCUGAAGCACUUGAACAGGAAAUGGAUGUAGCCAAAAUAGAGGAGGCCCUGGAUGUGACCGUGACGGCCACUGAACAUACUGUAGAUAUAAAAUCCCCACCUGAAGCAGCUGAAAAGGAAAAGGACCAGGCUGCAGCAGACUCCGAAACUCCAGCUCAGAUGACUAAACGGGAAACGGACAAGCCUGAAACGGUGCCAGGUGUGGACGAUAAGAUCGAGGAUCAUAAAACAGAUUUAAAAUUAACUCAAGAGACUGAACAGAAAACAGACAAGGCUGAAACGGUGCCAAGUGUGGAUAAUCAGACCGAGGACCAUAAAACAAGCAUAAAAUUAACUCGGGAGGCUGAACAGAAACCAGUAAAAGCUGAAGAGACGACAGCUUUGAAAAAUCCACCUGAAAUCUCUGUAAAGGAAGCGCAGGAUGUGCAAAACGCAGAGCAUACAACAGAGUUAAAGACGUCAACUGAAGGGUCUGAAAGCAAAGCUGAAAAAGUGCAAAGUACGGAAAAGUCCAAGGAUCGUGGUGUAGAUCAGGUGCCUGAACAGAACAAAGACGAAGCUGAAGAAUUGCCUAAAGCGGACAUUAAAGCUGUGGAGAGUAAAACAGACUUAAAAUCUCAACCUACAGUAUCUAAACGGAAAGCAAAGAAGCGUGAAGAAGAAGCGAACCAAACUUCAAGUCAAGCAUCUAAACAGGAAGUGGACAAAGCUAACAAGAUGCAGGACGUGAGCGUGAAAUCUGAAGCGCGUAAGGAAAACUCGAAUGCUCCUGAUCAAGUGAGUACUGAAAAGAUCGCAAAACCAGAAGCAGGGUUUGAUGACUCUCAACUUGCAAAACCACUGGAUGUCGGUCCGCCUAACGUAAAAGCAGAUCUUAUCAGUAAAGAAACUCUCCCAGUCACAGAUGAGGAGAAACUAACUCCUGAAACAGUGGGUGAAAUGUCAGUCAAACCAACAGUGAGCAUCCACGAGGAGACCAAAGACCUCAAGGCUGGAAGCGUUCAGCAAUCUGACGCCGCACAGGAUGCAUCAAAAUCCGAGACAGAACAACAAACCAACAUGGCGAUGAACGGUCUUGCAGGAAACGCCCUGUCUAAAACCACAGAGGAAGCUGGUCACAAGGAGGCUGAAGUUCCUGCGUCUGCUCAAGACCACAAGGAUGAAUCGAAAGUCUUUAGAUCAUCCAAAACAGAAGUACCAGCCGUAGCACAUGAUGCAGUUAAAUCACCAGCCUCAGAGUCUGUCGAGGAAGAUGUCAAAAUGAGACCUGUUGGCAAGAUGGAACUGGAACAUCUUCCGAAUGAAAUCCUCGGUCCUGAUCAGAAACCUGGAGUUGUGAAAGCUGAGCUGCCAAAAGGUACAGAGAAAGUGACCUUCCAAAUGGAGAAGACGACUGAGGUUCAAAAAACCAGCACCGCCAGCGAGAAACAAAAACCUGACGCCUUGAAAUCUCAGAAUUCACCCAACUCUGAGAAACUACCAAGUACUAACGCUCCAAAAAUGACAGCUCAGGACUUUCUUCUGGUCUCUAAAAACCUCUCAAAAAAUGAAUCUCCAUCUAGCUGGCUGGAUGUGGACCAAGGUUUUGAGAAGAAACAAAAUAAGAUGGAGAGGAAAAUGGACUGUUCGGCAAGUGAUGAAAACCUCCAGGACAACUCUGACGAUUCAGAAGACUUCAUACGCAAAAUCAAAGAACUCUGCUCUCCUUUCUCUUUUCCUCCUAAAAAGCAUGGCCAGUCCAGGAUGAUUUCGCCUCCGUUUGCCAUGCCUGCUAUUAAAGAAGAUCGCUUUGAGAGAACCUUUGAUCCUGAGGAGUUUAAGUUUGGGAUUAGGAAAACCACGGGCCCAAAAGAUCCAUCUCCAGCCAUGAUGAUCAAGAAGAAAAGUGGAGACCUGAGGGAUAAACAGCUUCUGAAACGCAAAGGAACUGAAGGUAGUUUGAUAUUUAAAGCACUGGCUUCCAGACGGGGACAAGAAAAAAAUGAAGAGGAAAAGACGACGGAGAAUGGGGAAGAUCAGGGUAAUGCUGAAAGUUCUGGAAAGGUUCCUUCACGAUUAGAGAGAAUGUCCAUCCUGUCAAACCUUGUGAAGCCUUCCAAGAACUUGAGGAGGCCUCAAACCCAGCCUGAAGCUGUUUCAAACGGGACCACAUCUCUCACGGCGUCCCAACAAGUUCCGACACCUGGAGGCACGAACAGUGUGACUACGUCUGAUGAUGUGCCUCCAGAACGGGUGGACGGGAACUUGACGCAUCUUGAGACGCGUUCUGGUGAUUCAUCGAAGAGCCCACUCGCUCCUCCUCCCCUUCCUACCUUUUCAGAAGUCAAGCUUCCUGAUUUUCUGGAGAAGUACCUGAAAAAGGAUCAACAACCCCCCACUUCAGGUAGCUCUCAAAACCCAGAAACGCCUUCCCUGAUCCCUGCAAAGCAGACAGAGGUCCGCUCUGGAGUCCCAGACACAAGUACAGAUCUGAAGAAGUUACCAGAGCCACCAGCACCAAUCUUUCCACCAAAACCACAAGAGCAACAAACCAAACUACGGCCACCUACACACACUCAGGUAACAGUAAGAGGCUUUCACAAGCGGCCUGGAAAGCUGGUCAUCUUCCAGCAAGCCCAGUUUGGCGGCGAGGCGUACGAGGUGUUCAGGGACAUAGACGACGCCACGGCAUUACAGCUGUCCCCUGUGAUCUCUCUGAAAGCCAUCAGAGGAUGUUGGCUGCUUUAUGAAAAACCAGGAUUCCAGGGACGGACCGUCGCUCUAGAGGAAGGCCCAACGGAAUUGAUGAACGAGUGGGAGGAGCCAGAACCGAACCAGGAAGUGGGGCCAGAUGGGAUUCCCAUUCCGACUAAACCAAUGGUGAUUGGUUCCAUUCGUCUGGCCGUGAGGGACUACAGCCUGCCCAUGAUUGAGAUCUUCUCAGAACCGAACGGAAUGGGCCGGCUGUCCUCGUUCUCUGAUGAAGUGAUUGAGCUCGGCUCCUUCGGACGUCCGUACAGUGCCGGAUCCAUCAAGGUCUGCUCCGGAGUUUGGCUCGUCUUCAGUGAUCCAGAUUUCCAGGGCUUGUUUACGGUCUUGACUGUGGGAGAGUAUCCGUGUCCGGAGUCGUGGGGUUUUCCCAAUCCCUUCGUCGGAUCUUUACGUCCUCUGAAGAUGGGUGGCAUCAAAGUGGAAAAUCCCCACGAAGUGCGGGCCGUGGCGUAUGCGGAGCCUCUGUUCCAGGGCGCCUGUGUGGAGAUCGAUGCGGGAGUUUACGACGUCUCUGAGGAAGAUGAGCAGAAGGAGGAGAACGGCGAUGACAGAGAGAACGCAGUCCAGAAGAAGAAACCGAUAGUGAUCGGCUCUCUGAAGAUCCUCAGCGGCCUAUGGGUGGGCUACACAGAGCCAGGGUUCGAGGGUCGUCAGUACGUGUUGGAGGAGGGUGAAUAUGUCGACUGCUCUGACUGGGAAGGUUUUGGGGACACGCUGCGCUCGCUCCGCCCCAUACACUCGGACUUUGUGUCUCCUCACCUGAAGCUGUUCAGUGAGCGUGAUUUCGGUGAGAGGAGUGUGAACGCUGACCUGCUUGUCCCCAUCAUGGCCAUGGAGGAGACAGCGUAUGGCAACAAAUCGCAGUCCGCGGAGGUCCUGUCCGGAGUAUGGCUGCUGUUUGAGAACCCUGUGUUCUCCGGUGAGGUGUACGUGCUGGAGAAAGGGCUCUACUCGAGUCCAGAGGAUUGGGGAGCUCGCAAUCACAAGAUCUCUUCCAUCCAACCCGUGUUUCUGGAUCAGAUGGCUGGACUGCCGCGGUUUAAGGUGCAGUUGUUCUCGGAGCCCGAGUUUCUCGGUGAUGAUCUGGUUCUGGAGGAGAGUUCUCCGUUCCUGCCGGCCGGAUUCUGCCCUCGGUCGUGUAAAGUCCUUGCUGGGAGCUGGGUGGCAUUUGAAGGGCCUCAGUUCACAGAGAACAUGUACGUGCUGGAGGAAGGAGAUUACUGUAACACUGCCGCGAUGGGCGGAGUCACCACUGACUGCACCAUCCAAUCACUGCACACCAUCGGCCAUGAGUUUUCUCUUCCCUCCAUCACUCUGUUCUGUAAGCCGUGCUUCAGGGGGCGGAAGGUUGUCUUGACGCACAGCUCCAACAGCCUAUCACUGAGCGGGAUUGAUGGGCGGAGCCAGUCUGUGGUGGUGAACGGAGGAAUGUGGGUAUUAUAUGAAGGGAAGAACUUUCACGGUCGUCAGCUCUUACUGCAGCCCAGUGAAAUCGGCGACUGGAUGAAGUUCAGCGGCUGGAAGCAGAUCGGAUCUCUGCGGCCGUUGGUACAGAAGCCUGUGUAUUUCCGGCUGCGCAGUGCUGAGACGGGCUGUGUGAUGUCUCUCUCCGGGACGCUGGACGACAUCAAGCUGCUGCGACUGCAGGUUCUGGAGGAGAACGGAGCAGACGAGCAGGUGUGGCUUUACCAGGACGGCCUGCUGCACUGCAAGCUGGUGGAGGACUGCUGUUUGGAGCCCGCGGCGGGGAUGGUGAUGCCCGGCUGUCGUCUCAACAUCUCCCCUGAACACGGGAAAGACUGUCAGUAUUGGAACAUCACAGCUGACGGCCUCAUACGCUCCAACCUCAAACCCGACGUGGUGCUGGAGGUCAAAGGUGGACAGCAGUACGACAAAAACCACGUGAUCCUGAACUCGUUCGAUGAGCAGAAACCCAACCAGAGGUGGACCGUAGAAAUCCUGUGACGUCUAGCGAGGGUUGUGCAAUAGCCUCUUCUCAGAGUGGGCCCUGUGGUGCAGCUCCACCAGGAGGACUAACACGUCUAUGAGGUCAUUAAAGUCUGCGCUGUUGGUCCUGGAGCCAGGACGCGACCCAUCUAUCUGUCUCAGAUCCCUGAAGAACAUUCUGGAUUUAAAAUGAGUCAUGGUGUAAUGCUACAGAGUGACCAGAGGAGGUGCUGUAACACCACAGAUCUUUCCAGCGUUAAGAGUGUGAACUGAACAUCACUUACCUUUAAAGUGCCUGAGUUUUAUUCUCUGCUCUUCUUGUUGUACAUUUUCUUCUUUUGAAAAGCUGUAAAGUGUGUUUUUUUUUAUUAAGAAUAAAGUUUCAUUCCUGCCUCUGUC